AUGUGGAGGCAAGUGAUAACACGGUUCGGCAUCCCGGAGAUCGUCAUCUCGGAUAACGGGACACAAUUUACCGACAGGAAGUUCACGGAGUUCCUCACCGGCCUGGGUAUAAGACAGAAGUUUUCCUCGGUGGAACACCCCCAAACAAACGGACAGGUUGAGUCUGCAAACAAGAUCAUCCUGUUAGGGCUUAAGAAGCGGCUCGAUAAUAAAAAAGGUGCUUGGGCCGACGAGCUCGUCUCGGUCCUCUGGUCCUACCGUACAACUGAGCAAUCGUCCACCGGGGAGACCCUCUUCCAACUAACAUAUGGGCUAGAUGCGGUAAUACCUGUGGAAAUCGGGGAACCAAGCCCACGACUACUUUUGAAGGGAGUAGAGGAAGCCGUGGAGAAGGACCUGAUAGAUGAAGCCAGAGAAAUGGCCCACUAG